AUGAACGGUAGAGUUUCCAAGGCCUGGACCCGCGGCUCUCGUGUACAACUCUCCAAGGCCUUGCAAGAAACGCUGCUGGACGCUGUUGCGGGUAACAUUGCGGGUGCGCAUAGCGGAGAUUUCGCCGGGGCCGCGACACCCGUACAAGCUCGGAAAAGGCGACUCGACGGGACAGAGAGCGAUCCGUCGCCCGCGAAGAGAGCCCGAUUAACACGGACAGACACGCAACAGCCUGGAGUUGAGAAAUCAGAGCAGGCGGGCAAGCUUGUGCAGACGACUCUACAACAGCCAAAGCCCAACCAGCAUCCAUACGCCUCAUUCCUCAAAGACUUUGUCGACCCCGUACAUCCGGCCCCCGGUCCCGCGUCCGUCCACACCUUUGUUUCCGAGUGGCUCGAAUCGGUCGGAUCAGAUCGAGAUAAGCACUGCCGGUCGGACAGCCAUUUGCACCAUUCAGACGGCGAUCACAUUUUGAGACAGCUCACGAGAUCGGCGCCGGAGAUGGGUUACACACGGUACGUCGAUGGGUUUGCGUACCGAGCGUCACACCCCGGAUUGGUCGCGCCCUCAGACCUGAACGGCGCUACUUCUGGCUCAGGUCGAUCGUCUGGAAGGAGCCUCGUCGAGGAUCCAGAUUACAGGGAUCUGAACCUGGCCGCAAAUAAUGUCUACAUGCGCCAUCCAUGCGACCCAAUCCCGGAACACAUUACCGACCUUGUUGAUUAUGUCGGCCAGGACCGUGAUUCUCCAGGUCCGUCAGUAGAUGAAGUCAGGCAAGAUAGGGAUCUGCAUGAUCUCUCGAUGGGCGCCGGAGAACCUCAAGUGGAAGAGUAUUUCCGUACCAAUAUUUACCCUUACCCUAAGUCGAUAGAGAGCCUACAACGUAGCGACAGACAGCCGAUGGCUAAGCACACUAUCCCGAGUACCGGAUCUAUACUCAAAGUCAGCAACCUAGUACCCGACAUGCUCUACGGAUAUAACCGCCAUGGAGCAUUUCCUCAGCAACAAUCCCAACUUAUAUCCAUGGGGCGUGAACCGAGGGCGAAUAAUCAGGGUCUGAUAUACCCAUUCUUCGUCAUCGAGUUCAAGGGUGACGGCCCUACCGGCGUAGGGAGGGGUUUAUUCUCCUGCGUUAAUAUCGCUGAACACCUUAACCGCCAGCUGAGGAACUGCAAGAACGAUGAGGUCCGUCCGAUUAAUAGUGCCGCAUUCAGUGUUGCCAUGAGUGGAACAGAGGCGCGACUCUUCAUCUCGUGGAAGCAUGAUGAGCUUGAGUACUAUAUGGCGAAUGUCGAGAGUUUCUUGCUCCAGAGGCCGGAUCACUACCUGGAGUUCCGCAAGUACGUCCGGAACAUUAUCGACUGGGGGAAGGACAAACGACUGAAAGAGAUCCGGAAUUCUCUGGACAGCCUUCUGGAGGAGAGCAGGCAAAGAGCUUCCGAGGCGGCGAAGUCCCGCCUACCACCAUCUGAUGGUUCUGCCACUAGCAGCGGCGAGAAGCGCAAAUCUUCAUCGUCGCGACGAAACAGCAGUAGAUCCAACGGCGUGCAAGAACAAAGCGGCGGAGCAAAUGAGCCGUGGGAAUGGACUAAGACAACUCUACAAGACGCCCAUAAUGAUUACUGGACUUGGAGUACCAGUCGCAGGAAGUAG